AUGGAUGAGGGCUUAGAGUCUUUUGUUAGUAAAUUCGCCGAUGAUACUAAAUUGGGUAAGAGUGUAGAUCUACUAGAGGGGUGUAGGGCUCUCCAGAGAGACUUGGAAUGGCUGGACCAGGAGCAGGGAGGUCAUUCUUCCCCUGUACUCAGCACUGGUGAGGCCUCACUUGGAGUAUUGUAUCCAGUUCUGGGCCCUCACUUUCGGAGGGACGUUGAGUUACUUGAGCGUGUCCAGAGGAGGGCAACGAGACUAAUAAGGGGCUUGGAGCACAAGCCAUAUGAAGAACGACUGAGGGAGCUGGGAUUGUUUAGCAUAGAGAAAAGGAGACUCAGGGGCAACCUCAUCGCUCUCUACAACUUCCUAAAGGGUGGCUGUGGUGAGCUGGGGGUCGGCCUCUUUCUCCGGGCGACAACAGAUAGAACAAGAGGACACAGUCUCAAGCUGCGUCAAGCGAGAUGUAAGUUAGAAGUAAGAAGGAAAUACUUCACAGAAAGAGUGGUCAGAUACUGGAAUCAUUUACCCAGUGAGGUGGUAGAGGCAUCAUCCCUUGAAGAAUUAAAAAAAAGACUGGAUGUGGCACUUGCUGCCAUGAUCUAGUUGAACAGUUAGAACAUCGGCUGGACUAGAUGAUCUUAUAGGUCUCUUCCAGUCUUGAAAUUCUGUGAUU